AUCCUCAUCGUAGUGAAGUGGCAGUGCUGAUUGUGAUGGCAGAUUUGUCGUUGUAUUUGACGAAUGUCAACGUUUCCCUGGGGCAAACAAUGGAAACUGAUAAGAGUCCAGGACGGGUGACAGACUAUGGUGGCGUGGAGAUGCGGGAUCGUCCUGACAACAAGGUGAGAGUAAAGGUUCCCCGCAAGACCAUCUACUUUGCCAGUGGAGAGACUAUGGAGGAGUUCAGCACUGAUGAAGAAGAGGAAGAGGAGGAACCUCUCAAGAAAGACGUCAUUACUGUAGAUCCGUCCAAAUUGACCUGGGGUCCAUAUUUCUGGUUCUACAUGUGGAGAAUGGGUACCUCCACCAUUUCAGUGUGUGACUACAUGGGAGAGAAACUGGCCUCUCUGUUCGGCAUCACUACCCCUAAAUAUCAGUAUGCCAUUGAUGAGUACUACCGCAUGAAAAAAGAGGAAGAGGAAGAAGAAGAGGAUAACCGUCUGUCUGAGCUGGCGGAGCAGCGAUUCGUGGAGCAGCAGAGAGGCGAGCAGGGUGAUCCUCGUUCUGCAACUGUUGAGCAGCCAGAAGCAUCUGGAGCUUCUUUUGUAAACAUUAGCUUUGAGAUGGAACCAGAGCCUCCUGUCAACACUGCAGAGACGAGCAGAGUCCCUUCCCCCCUCCCCUCCUGA